GACCUUGGCAGUCCAAGGAUGUCGCUGUUGUAGGACACGUAUAAUUUUCUAUCAGCGCAGUGGAUGUGUACGAUACCGUAUCCGUGUUGCGCGUAGUGCGCUUCGCUUGUGUACGCUUUGGCUGCAGACUUUUGCUUGCUACGCACGUUUUUUUGUCCAAGCAGUAGUAAUUUACAGAAAGUGCAAGGCAAAGAAAAUGAGCCACGGUGCGGAUCAUGGUGCACACUCAGGCCACGAUGGUCACCAUGUCUUACCACCAAACUUCACUACACCAAGCCCCCACUCAUCAUCGCCAAUAGCAACAGUCCUAACAGCAGCUUUAGCUGCAACCACAAUGAGUACUCCUAUGCACCAUGUAUCACCUGAUGCUUCCUCACACACCCAUAACCAUGGGGACGGUUCCUCACAUGGCAGCAUGGACAUGCAUAUGGCAAUGUAUUUCCACACAGGAUUCACUGAGACCAUACUCUUCAAAGACUGGGCUGUCUCUUCUGUUGCAGGAAUGGUUGGCUCUGUGCUGGGAGUGUUCUUCAUGGCUGCCUUGUAUGAGGCUCUCAAGUAUUUCCGGGAACAUCUCUUCAGGCUGCAUUUCUCCAGCAUGAGCUACUCAUCCGUGUCUGUGACAGGCCGCGAUGGUCGCACUCUAACGGAGGUCCAUCAAAUAGUCAGGAACAGGAUAGUGAGCUGGCCACACUUGCUACAGACUUUCCUACAUAUGGUUCAGAUGGUGAUCAGCUACUUUCUUAUGCUGAUUUUCAUGACAUACAAUGUCUGGCUAUGUUUGGGUGUUAUACUUGGUGCCGGGUUUGGCUACUUCAUCUUUGGCUGGAAAAAAGCCACUGUUGUGGAUGUGACUGACCAUUGUCACUAACCGUUGUGUUCUGCUCUUGAAAGACAGUAAGCCCAAUUGUAAUGCAUACGUGAUGCCGCAUUGUAUACAUGUAUUACUUUAUGUAGUCACUUAUUUGGGAAACUUUUAAAGCUCAUUAUGUCUAUAUGUUUUUUCCCAUGAGUCUACUGAACCGUGAGCAAUGCAGUCAGCUAACCAGAGUGACAAGCCAGAUCAUCUUACAGCUUGUGAUUAUACUCCUAUCUUUAGUGGGAGCAGAAAACCUCUGAAAGUGGGCUACUGGCCUCGCACCUGCUUCUCUGCCAUGUGUUUGAUGAUUUGAUCCUUUUUUGUCCUGUUUUGGCAUUGAAUGGCUCAAGUACAGGAACCUCUGCCAAAUUUGUCACCACAUGCGCUUAGGAGCUAUAGCUACAAGAUAUGCAACUACUAAAGCAAUUCAAUGCUCUAAUGUCAUCACACAAUUUUUGGAACCCAGUUUGCUCACUGCGUUUCAUACACAAGCAACGGUGCAGACAGCAACUCACGAUAAAAGCAAUGUAGCAAAUUGUGUAUCAUUUAGCAUUUAGCUCAUUUUCUUAUAUGCUGCUUUUGAACUUUAACAUGAUCACUCUAAUGACUGUCUUUGGGUUUUUCAUGCAAUUUUUUUUUUCGUAAGGUUGUUAAAUUCAACUUAGUAAAGUGCCAUGGUCCUUGGUGAUACUUAGCCCUUCAUUUAGGUAUUAGUAGGUUAUACUUUCAUCAAUGCCGCAUGAGAUUUAUUUAACACUUUAUAAACAUUCUGUUGUCACAGCACUACUCUGUGGCACUAAAACUGUCACCACCUUCCUGGUAAAUGCCUUGUGCAGCGUGCAUGAAACGUUUAUUUAGAACCAGACAUACUAUUUUCAUAGUGCAAUUUCAUUGUCCAAUGUUAAUUUGAGACAUUGCCUUUUUACAUAUUUCAAUUAUUUUUGAAAACUGUUGCAUAAACAUGACUGAUGUCUGUUCUAUAUAGUGAUACGGGAUAAAAUGAGAAGGUUAAUGUGAGCCUUGCAGAUACCUAACCUCUCAUCAUGAGAAUUUUGACCAAAUAUACAGUUAAUUCUUAGUUUUAAGUAGCUGUUAUUGUUGUAUGAUUGUUUGCCUCUUCUGCGAUUCAUAUAAAGAUAGUGUUGUUAUUUGGCUCCCAUGUUUAUGCCAUGAAACUGCCAGACCUUAUAGCUGAGCUUAUUUUGUCUGUUUUAACUAGACCAAAUUCCCCCUUUUUUGUAAUUGUUGCCCGGGGGGAACUGCAUAAAGUUUUAGAAGCUCUCGGGGGGCUUUUUCAUAGUCUUAAACAAAGAGACUAAAUAGGCAUAAUAUGAAGGCAUAUUUCUUUGCAUAUUUUCAUUUACAUGCGUGUGGGCAGAGUGUAUCAAGACAGCUCACUUUUCACAGGGCUUGUUUCACAACCAAAUGCCACAGAGGGAGAGACGAAUUAACAACUUUGUUUUUUCCGUAAUUGCUGGUGGCAUAUGCAAGAAAGACACAGGCCUAGUGUGGACGUAUUCAUGCCAUGUUUUGUUGUAUUGUGAUCUUGUAUCUAGGAACUGCUCAGGUGUGCACCCAAAGCACAUAGCUGGUGUAAUUGGGCAGCUGAACUUACUCCAGGGGUGAGCAAAAAUGUAUUUUGUGAGCAAUCAGCCUAACUUCAAGUGCUGGUUCACUUUCAAGUAGAUGUCUGUACAUUUAAAACUGUGAUAUAACCUGCAAGGACCACUGUUUUUGCUUGUGUAUAACAUUGGUUCCCCAUCCUUUUCCCAUUAGGUGUUGAUUUUUUUAUGAUGUUGCACCUCAUUAUUUAAACUUGGCAGCAGAGGAAGUGCGCUGACUUGGGGGAUCCUUACUUGGUGGCCUUGACCAGCAGCUGUGUGCCUCUGAGCUUAUUCUAAGAGUGUGACUUUUCUCCUUUCUGUUUAAGUUUCCUAUUCAGAAUAUUGUGUAGUACUAUGUAGUUCAACUUAUAUUUUGCAUCUUCUCACUCCAACAACAUAAUCUGUUUAAUUUAAUGUGAAAGGGAAUGUCUAGCAAAAGCCCACCUGGAAAUUAUAUUGGUAAGAAACAAUUUAAGCUUAUUGUAAGCGUGUCUAAACAUACAAUUGUCAGUUAUUUUACUGUCUACAUAUUCUGGAAAGCCCUUUACAUUGCAUGAUUACUGCUUCACUUGUUACCUUUAAUUGAAAGUGCAAAGUGUAUAACGUUUACAAGCACUGCCAAUUUAAGGACAUUAUCAGUUUCAUUGAAGUUUGUGCUUUAUUGGGAUGCCUAUCAUUUAUAUACAAUUACAUAGCUUCAAAUGUAGCCAUUCAGACAUUCAAAGCUUCAUUUCUGUUAGUGAUAUUGACUUUUCAAAUGACAGAUUUUAUUUGUGUGUUUGUGUGUGUAUUUUUGUGUACGUGCAUGGAUGCAUGCAAUACAGUGACCUCAACUGCACUCAAGGCACACAGCUGUGGGAGCACAAAGUCAUCAGCAACUCCAAUGUGUUGUAACAAGCUCUGCUUGUUUGGUGAGCCAAGCUAUCUUUAGUACCUGCUUCUCCUUGACAUGUUAAAAACAGGAGUACUAUUUCAGUGGCAUGCGUUGUGUUCUGCGAGCCUGCCACUUACUGUUUUCUUGUAAAACUCUAUUAGAUGAUUUUGAGGGACCCUGAGUUCCUCCUACAGUCAUAAGAAGAUAUUCAACCAAUCAGUAAAUGAGGUGGAUUAAAAAGUGUUCUGUUGGUU